AUGAGCAACCCUCAGCCCUUGGAAGAGAUGCGCUGCAUGCAGGAGGCAUAUGACAUGUCCCGUGCCCACCUAGCCCUGACACCGUGUGUCAUCAAAGCCCGCGAAGGUUCAGAAAAAGACCUGGUCUCCCUGGAGCACAUGUUCCAGCAGCUGGGAUUUGAGAGUGGUCUAAAAAGAGACCCCACUGCCCAGCAAUUCCAGGAAGAAAUGGGGAAGUUCCAGCAGACCAUCGAUGCCCGGGAAGGCUUUGUCAGCUGUGCUUUCGUGGUGCUCAUGGCCCAUGGGGAGGAAGGGUACCUCAAAGGGACGGACGGGCAGGUGGUUGAGCUGGAGAACCUCUUCAGAGUUUUGAAUAGCAAGAAUUGCCAGGCCCUGCGAGCCAAGCCUAAGGCGUACAUUGUGCAGGCCUGCCGAGGAGAACAAAGGGAUCCCGGUGAAACAGUAGGUGGAGACAAUGUUGAGAUGAUCACAGAAGACAGUCACCAAACCAUCCCGACACACACAGACACCCUCCACAUCUACUCCACCGCGGAGGGGUACCUUCCCUACAGACAUGACGAAGAAGGCUCCUACUUCAUCCAGACCCUGGUUGAUAUGUUCACGAAUAAGAAAGGACCCAUCCUGGAGCUUCUGACAGAGGUGACCCGGCGGAUGGCAGAAGGAGAGCGCAUUCAGGAAGGGGAGGCGAGGAAAGUGAACCCCGAAGUUGAAAGCACCCUACGGAAACAGCUCUACUUGCAGUAG